ACUCACAUGAUUCACAAUUUCACAUUAUCACAACAUCACCAACCAACAAAAGCUCUCAUCUAUGGCAUCCAUCUUCAUCUUCAUCCUCACCAUCUUCACACUCUUAACAACACACCUCUCCCACGCUCAACAAACCUGCACCACCCAAAAAUUCACCAACAACAAACUAUACUCCCAUUGCAACGACUUACCUCACCUCAACUCCUUCCUCCACUGGUCCCUCAACCCAUCAAAAAACACCCUUUCCAUCGCCUUUAUCGCCGCUCCGCCCACCCCCUCCGGCUGGAUCUCAUGGGCCAUCAAUCCCACCGGCGAAGGCAUGGCCGGAGCCCAAGCAUUACUAGCCUAUAAAGCAUCUAAUGGAUCAAUGGUGGUGAAGACAUAUAACAUAAGUUCGUAUAGUUCGAUUGUUGAGGGAGAGUUGUCUUUUGAUGUUAAGGAUAAGAGAGCAGAGUAUAGUGAUGGGAUGAUGAAGAUAUAUGCGACAGUUGUGUUGCCGGAAAAUGGGGUGACGACGGUUAAUCAGGUUUGGCAGGUGGGGCCGGCCGUGUCGGAUGGGUUUCCGGUGAAACAUGCGUUUCAGCCGGCGAAUUUGGGGGCCAAAGGGCGGUUGGAUUUGUUGAGUGGGCAGAGUAGUGGUGGUGGAAUUGGAGGUGGUUCUGGUAAUAAGAAGAAAAAUAUUCAUGGGAUACUUAACGCGGUCAGCUGGGGAAUUCUAUUUCCGAUUGGAAUAAUCAUUGCUAGAUACCUUAGAUCAUUCCCAUCUGCAGAUCCAGCAUGGUUUUACCUUCAUGCUUUCUGCCAAGUUUCGGGUUAUGCGAUUGGGGUUGCGGGUUGGGGGACCGGGCUCAAACUCGGAUCCGACUCAAAGGGUGUCACAUACAGCACUCACCGCGACAUCGGGAUUGCUCUAUUUUCUCUUGCAACAGUCCAGGUUUUUGCAUUGUUUUUGAGACCAAACAAAGACCACAAAUUCAGAUUUUAUUGGAACAUCUAUCACCAUGGGAUCGGUUACGCGAUCCUUGUUCUUGGCGUCAUCAACGUGUUCAAGGGUCUUGAUAUAUUAUCACCAGAAAGCAAAUGGAGAACAUCCUACAUAAUUGUGAUAUCUACAUUGGGUGGAAUUGCUUUAUUAUUAGAAGUCAUUACAUGGAUUGUGGUCUUGAACAGGAAGUCCAGCAAGUCUACUAAACCCUAUGACAACAAACAACAACCAUUAGCACCAUAGGUUGAGCUUCAUUUUAAUGUAUGUUUUUAGUGGCUUAUUUAUCAUGUUCUUGUUAAUUAUCUUCUUGUAUGAUAGGCCACUUUAUAUGUUACUUAUAUUACGUUUGGUUGUAAUUUUAUUAUUGUACUAUGCUAUAUACAAAACGGGAUUUGAUUAUUCAAUGA